ACAGGAAGUAGGUGCCAGUCCCCGUCUGAGUAAUAAUAGAGUUUACGUCUUCAUCAUCAGCAAGUUCCGGAGUUCUUCAUUCAUAAGCUGCAGUGAUCGCGAUGAGACGUUGGAAAAGCACUGUUUCCAAAAGUGUAAAAAAAGAUCUAAUAAUUGAAAGAGGACUAGAGAAGAGUCCAGAUCGCACUUGUGGACGAUUGUUAAGACCAUUAGAUGGCCGAUGGAUCCAGUGUUAGGAAUCUUGAAGGCGGAAAUGACAGUUCUGCUAGUAGUAUCUCUAGCAAGUCAACCAUUAGUACCUUUAACGAGCGAGAGUUUAUUCUUAAGUUACUAAGCGAAAAACGAACUUUAUUAGCUGCUUUGCAUUCAGAGAAAAAGGACAAACUUAAAUGGAAGAGUGAGUAUGAAAAACUCUUUGAAGAACGAAGUACGUUGGAUCGAAGUGUGCAAGAUGAUUUGACAGAUCCUACAGGAUGUAGCAUGAGACUCGGUACAUUGACCUUGGGCGAAGAGGGAGCCGCAUACCAAAAUGAAAGUAAGAUUUUGCAUAACAGAGUAAGAGAACAAGAAAGAACAAUUCAAUCAUUGAGAAGCCAAAAUGCAUCAUUAUUAAAUCAAGUAGCUGUGUUACGAUCUGAAGUAAUAAGACUAGCAGGAUCGCUGAGUAAACUGGAUGUUCAGGUUGAUACAGAGUUACUCAAAGAGCAAUUAAGUUUAUACGAAGAAGAUUUUCAAAAAGAAAAAGAUGAUAAGGUUAAUGCACAGAGUAAAAUAUCAACUUUGAACGAACAACUACGGGAUUGUCAGGAUUUAAUUUCGAGUUUAACCGUUGAAUUGGACAUGUACAAGACAGCUUACGAGCGAGAGAAAAAAGAGAAAGAAAAGAUGCUGUUAAAAAGUUUGCAACGUGAUACACAAAGAACUACCGUUUCGUCAGAAAACAAGAGACAAAACCGACCGCAACCAUUACCAAAACCUCAACUGCAAGUUGUCUACCCUGUUGUAAACACACAAGCACAUGAGGACGAUACAAGGCGAAGACAGCAACUCCAGCGUGUUGGAGUAUUUACUAGAGAUAUGCAACGAUCGCCGAAUUAUGAUUUAUAUGGUAAUGAUGGGGAUCCCGAGCCACAUUGGUGGUCAUAGUAAAUAUAUAUAUAUAGUCGACAUUAGAUAGAGUCUUCUGUAAUCAAAACAAAUUGUGCUAGCUAGUUAACAACACGCUGAAUCUCUGUAAACGCAUAUCUAUCAGUUUCUUAUGGGCAUAAAUAGUACAGACUUUUGUACAACAAUAAAGGCAAAGGAGAAGGGUAGGAGGAUUUGACCCCCAGGUCUUCAUACGGUAGGUACUUGAUUGGUAUAUUUUUAUAACUUCCUCUAGGAUUUUUUAAAGAUAAACAAUGACUCGGGAACCGAUUAUUUCGUUGAAUAUUCAUAUUCAAAUAAAUAAUUAGCGGAGGAUUACAAAUUAUGAUAGUUAAAAAAUUCCUAGCAGCCAAGUAGCACAGAAAAAAAACCCGUUUAAAAUUGUACAAAGAUUGAAGAAAUUAUUAAAACAUCAAGGAAAGAAACUA